AUGCCCGGACCGAACGGACCCACGCUACAGUCGCAUGUUUCCAAAGCGCGGAAAGCCGAAGCUGUCAUCGCUACCGCGACCUCUCAGAAGGCGGCACUUGCCGCCGCCAUUGAUGCCGCGGAGCAUUAUAUGAGGGCUUUGCGAAUAGCAUUACCAGAUGAUAAGAAUGUACUCGAUACAAAAUGCAAGGAACUCCUGACACGAGCUGAGAAGAUUAAAACCGCGGAGGAUUGGCGAUUGGCUGCCUCCCCCAAAACAAUCCCUGGUCGGCGUUACCCCACGUCUAAGCGGCGUCUUACAACCCGCGAGGAGAUCAUCAUUCUUGAGGGUGCAAAGCUUAAUGGGUUUAUUUUUGCGCCAUGGGAGCGUUCGCCAUCAUCGUUGGAAUUCACGGCUCAUGAAGGGAAGCUUUUUACAGACUCGCCUGAUUUGUCUCUCUCAGAGUGCCAGUAUGAUAUUUUUGCGGGAUGGAAGAGGCCGCAAGAUCUGCUGCGAGCAAGAAACGCAGUGGAGAAUACCUCUUAUGAGAUUGAACCCGUCAUGGCAGUCGCAAAGCCGACCGAUUUAGUACAAGAUGUUCUUACCGAUUGCUCCGUGGUCGCGAGUCUUUGCGCAACAACUUCGCGAUCAGAGCGAGGGUUGGGAACGCAUGCUUCUCCCAUAAUGUAUCCCUGUGAGAGUGACUCGGAAAAGCCCAAGGUCUCACCUUCAGGGAAAUACAUCUUUUUCUUCUAUUUCAAUGGAAGCUUCAGAAAAGUCAUAGUCGACGAUCGACUCCCAUCAACAAAUACUAAGAGAUCAUUGCAUGUUAUUGAUCGAAAUAACCCCAACUUUCUCUGGCCCGCCUUGGUGGAAAAAGCCUAUCUGAAAAUUCGCGGGGGCUACGACUUUCCCGGGAGUAACUCGGGGACUGAUCUUUGGGUGCUCACAGGAUGGGUCCCUGAGCAAGUUUUCCUGCACCACGAUGAGGCUACCUCUGAUGAGAUAUGGGGCCGACUAUACCCAUCUUUUUCCAAGGGUGAUGUGGUGUUGACCAUCGGAACAGGAAAGUUGACAGAGUUAGAACAGGAGGGGCUGGCUUUGGUGAGCGAACAUGACUAUGCAAUCCUAGGAAUGAGGGAGCUACAUGGUCGUCGCCAGUUCUUAUUAAAAAAUCCCUGGGCUGGAGCCGAGCCAGCGAUGCAGAGCACAGAGAUCGACUCAUCCGAUACCUCAAGUCCACAUCUUUCGCUGUCACCAGGAACAUUCUGGAUGGAUUGUGAGCGUGUCUUGCAGAACUUUGAAAAUCUAUAUCUGAAUUGGAACCCGGCAUUGUUUAAUUACCGCGAAGACAUUCAUUUCACCUGGGACCUUUCACAGAGUCGUGUGAUUGCCGGAUGUUUUGUCAAGAACCCGCAAUUUUCAGUAUACAGCGAGACUGGAGGCAAAGUUUGGCUUCUUUUAGGGAAGCACUUCAAGACCAACCAGUAUUCCAAAUCGGGGGAGGACCCAAGCCAAGAAGAUGAUGGGCAGGGGUUUAUCAGUAUUUACAUCUUUCAAGCGGAUGGUAAGCGAGUUUCUCUCAGUGACGGCGCGCUUCACAGAGGGCCGUAUGUGGAUUCACCAAACACUCUUAUGAGACUUGAGAUGCUCCCGAAAACAACUUAUACGGCGGUGGUGUCGGAACAGUCCUUGCCAUCAACGAGUCAAAACUUCACUCUAUCUGCGCUAUCAGAAUCUCCAAUAUCACUCGCCCCCGCCAGAGACAGAUAUCUAUGCCUCAAUAAUAAAGCAAGUGGCUCUUGGACGGCUUUGACUGCUGGCGGCAACGCAGAGUCAGCUCGAUAUUCAUCCAACCCGCAGUUCAGUCUCCACGUCUCAGAGAGAACCGACGUCUCAAUUCUUCUCGAAUCAAACAACCCAGAACUUGCCACGCACGUCAAGCUCUUUUGGUCUCAUGGUCAGCGGAUCUUGAGAGUGCGUAGUCGAGAUAUGAUCGCUGAUAGUGGUGACUAUCGUCGAGGAUGUGCCCUCGCGGAAACCAGAUCCCUAGAGAAGGGAGUAUAUACUAUUGUGUGCUCAACAUUUGCCCCUGACCAGCUCGGUCGCUUUAAUCUCUGGAUCUCGUCAGAAAUCCCCUGUACUGUACAGACACUGGCAUCUGAAUCUGCCGGCCGCCGAGUGACUCUAUCUGAAAUCGGAAUCCUUCUUCCAGGCAAAGACCGAAUGCUCGCUUCCUUGCAAGUACCUCGUUUGACUCGGAUCAAGCUUAUUGCAAGAAACAAACGGUCUAUUAUCGGCUCUCGGCCUGUCGCGCCCUCACCUGUAUUAAUGACAGUGGAACGUGGACAAGGGCCAUACAAAGAAGUCCUUGCAGCCUCUGAAGAGGGAACUCACUGUGAUGCUGCUUCAGGCGUUCGAAUUGAUGAUUUCGAUUUGCCGCCGAAUCUUGAUUCGCAUCACCGGGUGUGGAUAGUUAUUGAAAGAAUUGGGGGCCCAGGAGGUCAGGUUGAAGAUCAUUUUGAAAUCGAGGCACUCACAGAGGAGUCAGUUGAGAUUGGCGAGUGGAUCGUGCAAGAUGCCUGA